GGGAAUCCCUUCCGCGCCGGGGGCUGCGCCGAGCCGCGCUGACGCUGACAGGUUGUGCGAUGCCUUUGCAGAUAAAGCCACGAGUCAGCUGCUGCUGGAGACGGACUGGGAGUCCAUCCUGCAGAUCUGCGACAUGAUUCGUCAGGGCGACACGCAGGCUAAAUACGCAGUCAGUGCCAUCAAGAAGAAGGUCAAUGACAAGAAUCCACACGUGGCCCUGUAUGCGCUGGAGGUCAUGGAGUCUGUGGUUAAGAACUGUGGCCAGACAGUCCACGAUGAGGUGGCCAAUAAACAGACCAUGGAGGAACUGAAGGAAAUUCUCAAGGUGGAAGCAAGUGUCCGCAACAAGAUCCUGUAUCUGAUUCAGGCCUGGGCUCACGCCUUCCGCAACGAGCCCAAGUACAAGGUGGUGCAGGACACCUACCAGAUCAUGAAGGUGGAAGGUCACGUCUUUCCGGAAUUCAAGGAGAGCGACGCCAUGUUCGCAGCAGAGCGGGCUCCUGACUGGGUGGAUGCUGAGGAGUGUCACCGAUGCCGAGUGCAGUUUGGGGUCAUGACACGGAAGCAUCACUGCCGGGCAUGCGGGCAGAUUUUCUGUGGGAAGUGCUCCUCCAAGUACUCCACCAUCCCCAAGUUUGGCAUCGAGAAGGAGGUGCGGGUGUGCGAGCCCUGCUACGAGCACCUCAACAAGAAAGCCGAGGGCAAAGCUGCUGCCACCUCUGAGCUGCCCCCUGAGUACCUGACCAGCCCCCUUUCGCAGCAGUCCCAGCUGCCCCCAAAGCGUGAUGAGACAGCCUUGCAGGAGGAGGAGGAGCUCCAGCUGGCCAUUGCCCUCUCCCAGUCGGAGGCUGAGGAAAAGGAAAGGAUGAGGCAGAAAACCACCUACUCCAUUUACCCGAAGGCGGAGCCCACGCCGAUCACCUCGUCAGCCCCCCCAGUCAGCACCCUCUACUCCUCCCCUGUGAACUCCUCUGCUCCGUUGGCUGAGGACAUUGACCCCGAGCUGGCUCGGUACCUAAACCGCAACUACUGGGAGAAAAAGCAGGAGGAGGCCCGCAAGAGCCCCACCCCAUCUGCGCCGCUGUCCCUCACGGAGCUGAGCAGCCAGCCUGGAGAAGUCCACACUGCCCCACUCAGCCUAGUGGAGCAGCAGUACCAGAAUGGGGAGUCAGAGGAGAACCACGAGCAGUUCCUGAAGGCGCUGCAGAACGCCGUCACUACCUUUGUCAAUCGCAUGAAAAGCAACCACAUGCGAGGCCGCAGCAUCACCAAUGACUCGGCCGUGCUCUCCCUCUUCCAGUCCAUCAACAACAUGCACCCACAGCUUCUGGAGCUGCUCAACCAGCUGGAUGAGCGCAGGCUGUACUACGAGGGCCUGCAGGACAAGCUGGCACAGAUCCGGGAUGCCCGUGGGGCCCUGAACGCGCUGCGUGAGGAGCACCGCGAGAAGCUGCGUCGGGCGGCUGAGGAGGCAGAGCGCCAGCGCCAGAUCCAGCUGGCCCAGAAGCUGGAGAUCAUGAGACAGAAGAAGCAGGAGUACCUGGAGAUGCAGCGGCAGCUGGCCAUCCAGCGGCUGCAGGAGCAGGAGAAGGAGCGGCAGAUGCGCCUGGAGCAGCAGAAGCAGACGAUCCAGAUGCGGGCCCAGAUGCCAGCCUUCUCCCUGCCCUAUGCCCAGCUCCAGGCUAUGCCGCCUGCGGGAGGGGUGAUCUACCAGCCCUCUGGCCCCACCAGCUUCCCUGGCACCUUCAGCCCAGCAGGCUCCGUGGAGGGCUCCCCCAUGCACAGUGUGUACAUGAACCAGGGGGGCACCGGGCCCUACACUGCGAUGCCUGUCGCAGGGACAGAUCCCGGCAUGGUGAGUGCCUACCUGUACCAGGCCGGCACGGGAGGCGGGCAGGCCACGCAGCAGGGACAGGCAGUGCCCACCACAACCCCCGCCUACUCCUCCUACCAGCCCACUCCCACGCAGGGCUACCAGAACGCGGUCUCACAGGCCCCGCAGUCGGGCACCAUGGGCUACAUGGGCAGCCAGUCGGUGUCCAUGGGCUACCAGCCCUAUGGCAUGCGGGCCUUGCCCAUGGUGGAUUAG